AUGGCUAGUACAAAGCCGCCCGCCCGCAAAUCAACCUGUGGGAAAGCACACAGGAAGCAGCUGGCGACAAAAGCCACUCGCAAGAGCGCACCCUCUACUGGCGGGGUGAAGAAGCCGCAUCGCUACAGGCUGCGUCUGGUGCGAGAAAUUGCUCAGGACUUCAAAACAGAUCUGUGCUUUCAGAGCACAGCCAUUGGUGCUUUGCAGGAGGCAAGUGAGGCCUAUCUGGUUGGCCUCUUUGAAGACACCAAGCUGUGUGCUGUCCAUGCCAAACGUGUAACAAUAACGCCAAAAGACAUGCAGCUAGCAUGCCGCAUAUGUGGAGAGCGUGCUUAA